UUCCAACUUCCAAAGCUUUUUAUUUAUUGCUUUUUUAUUUAUUCUCUUCGUUUACAGAUUUUAGUGCAAAUAAUACUGAUGCUAACUUUAUACUAUACACAGUCAUGAUGCAUGAAAAUUCAGAUACGAUACUCGGGCUUCAAAAUGACACAAUUGUAGUGCGACAUCUCAUAUAUGAAGAGAUUCAUGAAUGUAAUCCAGGAAUAUAAAAUCCCAUAAAAAGAAAUACGAUGAAUCAGAAGUAGUUGAGGAUUGUUCGCGAAGAGGCUGAUAUUAAAUCGGCGUUAUUCAGUUAAUGGGUGCAUCAUUCGCUAAACAGAGUGGCGUCAAAAUGAGCAAUCCUGAAAAUAGAGAAUCGAAAAAAGAUGCCAGGCAAGGCCAGUCGAACAGCAGUGCGAGACCGCUGUCCAUCGAGGGUCCUUCGACCUCCAGUAAUACUAAUGCCGAGCAAAUCCCACCGCAACCGUUGCCGAAUCAACCGAGGCAACCGACCAAUUUGCAAGGACUACUCAAAUAUGCUAUGGACGCGGCACAGUCUGAGGAUUCGGAGAAUAAACCAUCGGUCUAUCCUUUGGACGAAGAAAAAAAAACAUUCUUGAAUGAUGCGUUAUCGUCGUUAACGGUGAACGUAGUAGAGGAACUGCAGAAAGCUGUACAAAUCUUGUCUAAUGUCGCUAAUCUACGAGCGGACGACGAUUCGUUGGAGUUUGAAAAUGCGCUGGAAAGGAUGGCGGAUUACGUAGACAAUAUUGAUAUAGCCAACGACUUUUACAAGAUCGGCGGUUUCUCGAUAUUUCAACCGUGCCUGAAUUCCUCGCACAGUAACAUCAGAUGGCGGAUAGCCGAUAUUAUCGCCGAAUUAGCGCAAAAUAAUCCAUUUUGCCAGGACAAGCUACUGGAAGCUGGAGUAUUUCCCGUGCUGUUGUCUAUGAUAGAUGCGGAUCCGUCGGAACAGGCCAGAAUAAAAGCUCUGUACGCGGUGUCAUGUAUAGUAAGAGGGCAUCCGGCGUCGUUAAAGUACAUGGAUACGAAUGACGGUUACUCGGUGCUUUUGCGAGCGAUGCAGAGUCCGGUGGAGAAACUACAGAUAAAGUCCGCAUUCUUACUCUCUAGUCUGUGCAGUAAGGAUGACUCGAACGACGUAAAAUACACCCUGGUAAAAAUGGGAUUCAUAGAACAAGCGGCGGGAUUAUUGGGCAGAAUGGACCUACAGCCGGCAGUAAGGGAACAAUUAUUAAGAGUGCUCAGUGGUAUGGUGAACGAUAAUUUCUUGCCGGCGCUAAAGGAAUGCCGCCGAUCACAAUUGUGUUUAAGAUCCACUUUGGAGCAAUUGCUGACGGAGUUGAAACCUGUGGAAAAUCAGGACGAGAUAGACAUGUGCUCCGAACUUCUAGACAAAGUGUUUUCCGAGCCUGACACGAAUCAAGAGAGAUAACGAAUUUGUAUCUUAAUUUUCCUCUUAAAUAAACAUAACGAUAUUGUAUUGUGUAAUACUAA